AUGUCACGCCGAACCUUCCUCCCCACGCCAGCGUCCUCAACCGAUAUUUCUGGAAAGGCAGACGUGCUAGCCACGCACUUGGACCCGUCGUUCGCGCUGCCGCCGGCCGCCAUUACGGCUAGCAAUGGCAGUGCCAGUCCGUCAAGCGCAGCAUCCAACGGCUCCGACUCCUCCUACCGGCCCGUGUCACCUCCUUCGUCAGCAGGAAUGAGAAAGGCCAGUGCAAGAGAACCGUCUGCAUUGCCAAGGAAGCGAGCAAAAAUUGCGCAACAUCCUGUCAGCGCCGAGGCUUGUGAUCUCCCUCCUCCACCGACAAGGUCGAGGCAGUUCAAACCGAUGAAGCCGCGGGUCCACGAGGCGGAGCAGGUGGAUAGCAUAGCGGGAGCUGGCGAAGCGAACAACACUACACCCGCUCCGAAAGCAGGUGGCUCUAAGAGGAAGAAAGCAGACGGCACGACUACUGCUGGGAGGAAGAUUGCGCGCAAGACGGCUCAUAGCCUGAUUGAACGGCGGAGACGAUCGAAGAUGAACGAGGAGUUUGGUGUACUGAAGGAUAUGAUACCGGCAUGCAGGGGGCAGGAUAUGCACAAGCUUUCCAUACUACAGGCAAGCAUUGACUAUAUGCGCUACUUGGAGAAGUGCGUGUCCGACCUCAAGGCUUCCCAUCAGGCCCGCAACCCGCCUUCCAUAUCCACGAACUAUUCAGUGUCAGAGCCAUACCCGUCUUUUGACCAUAGAAAAGGCGACGGAGACGAAUACGAGCAGGAGGACGACAAGGAGGGUGGAAGCGAAGACGAAGAGAUGGUAGAGGAAACAUCACCGACUUCCGCUCCAUCCACUAAUCGAAAGACCAUUGGCACUUCAGCUUCGGCGUUCGUGCCGGGUACCCAGACCAGCAGCUCAUCCCCAGGCAUCCACUACUCUCCCUAUGGCCCAACACCAUCGAACACAUCACCCACCUUCGGGGCUCUGGACCGCCGAAGGCUUUCUUAUGCAUUGUCCUAUACCUCCUCUGGACAGUUUGCGCGAAGCUCUCCGGCUUUUAGCGUGCAGUCGAGCCAUGCUUCAACGAGCUUCACCUCCUUGACUUCUCCAGCGCUGCGUCCGCAGCCGGAUCAGGACGAUCACGAAGCCAGCAGUGCACUUCUGAUGUUGAACAGUGACCGCAGGAUCUGGACUUCAGCGAACGGGGGCAGAGGAAUGAGCGUCAGAGAUCUGUUGAGUCAUUGA